CAUGGAGGCUGCUCAUGACUGGUGGAGUCUGCCUCUCUAUCCUGCAGCGACAUUUAUCCAACAAUGAAAGCGGCAGCGGGCACAAAGUGAAACAGGAUGAAUGAGUUGAAUCUGAGCGCUGUGGGCAUGGACCAGCUUACCUCCUCCUCUGUUGCCAAUGUUCUGCCUGUCUCAGGAAACCAUCUCGGGCUUACAGCCUCCCCACCACACAAUGUUCUUACUACACAAGGUCUGCCUGUGGCCAUUCCAAACCUUGGUCCAUCGUUGAGCUCCCUUCCUUCUGCACUUUCCGUCAUGCUUCCUAUGGGCAUUGGUGAGAGAGGUGUAAUGUGUGGCCUCCCGGAGAGAAAUUACACCUUGCCACCACCACCAUAUCCACAUCUAGAAAGCAGCUACUUCCGCCACAUACUGCCUGGAAUCUUGUCCUAUUUAGCAGACCGCCCGCCUCCUCAAUACAUACACCCCAGCUCCUUGAAUGUUGAUGGUAAUGGAGGCCUUUCCGUGUCCAACAACUCUCCAUCUCUAGACCCAUACCACUCCGGUGGCUCUGUCGGGUUGGAGACCGGAAUGGUGUCUCUGGACAGGACAGUGGGUGGACAUGCUGGUCAGAGCUUACACCCCAGUGAUGGGCACGAGGUGGCACUGGAUGCCGGGAUGAGUAUGGACAAUGUGUCCCGGGUGAACAGUCCCAUCACGACAGAUCGGAUAACAGAAGAACUGACCAUAGAAGGUGUGACUGGGGAGCACCCACAGAUUUCCAGUGUGUCCCGCCCCCACGAGUCUCUCACUGUUGAUGCCAACCUACCUCCAGAUGCUGUGGGCCACACCGGGGUCCUGCCGUUACACAGCGGAUCGCUGGAGCUUCCCGUGGUCAUGGAGAGCGAACACAACAUGGGAACUCGGUCUGGCAUGGCGGAAAACUCACUCGGUGAUGCCAUCCAUACUGUGGCCUUAAGCAGUAACCCUGUCAGCGUGGCGUUGUCUACCUCCCACCAGCUCUCCUCUUUAACCUCAGUAACGCUGCACGGGGGUGCCAUGAGUUUAGAGCCAGUCACGGUGUCUUCCAUCACGCAGGAAGUGUCGCUGGCAGGCGGGCAUGUCGAUGCUGGCAAUCUGACUUUCGUCCCGUCCUCCUUGCAGAUGGACUCGAACUCUAACAAGGAAAACAUGGCGACUCUCUUUACAAUUUGGUGUACACUGUGUAACCGAGCGUAUCCCUCAGACUGCCCAGAACACGGCCCGGUCACCUUUAUCCCCGACAGCCCCAUUGAGAGUCGGGCACGUCUGUCCCUUCCCAAGCAGCUGGUCCUGAGGCAGUCAGUGACGGGGGCAGAAGUAGGUGUAUGGACCCAGGAAAGUAUUCCAGUCAGGACCUGCUUUGGCCCUUUAAUAGGACAAGAGAGUCAUUCCUUAGAAGUUGCAGGCUGGACUGACAAAUCUGCCAAUCACAUCUGGAAGAUGUACAACAACAAUGUGAUGGAAUUCUGCAUCAUAACGACAGAUGAGAAUGAAUGUAACUGGAUGAUGUUUGUCCGGAAGGCGAGGAACCCAGAGGAGCAGAAUCUUGUGGCGUACCCUCACAAUGGGAAGAUCUAUUUCUGUACCUCCCAGGAUAUUCCAGGCCAGGAGGAACUGCUCUUCUAUUACAGCCGGGACUACGCUCAGCAGAUGGGUUUGCCUGAGCAACCGGAGGUGCUGCUGUGUCAUUGUGGGAAGGAGUGCAUGUCCUACGCAGAAUUCAAGGCUCACCUGAACAGUCAUGUGAACAGCCACCUCCCCAGCGAGACCCUGAGCAGCGAGGACACCAGCCAGGGCUUGAGCCCCAGCAAAGAACGCAAGUGGAAGUGCUCAGUGUGCCCCCGCUCCUUCUCCUCAUCCUCUAAGCUCAAUGUGCACUACAUGGGGCAUAUGGGCAUGAAACCCCACAAAUGUGAGUUCUGCAGCAAAGCCUUCAGUGACCCGAGCAACCUGCGUACUCAUCUACGCAUACACACAGGGCAGAAGAAUCAUCGCUGCGGCCUUUGUGACAAAUCAUUUACACAGAAAGCUCACUUGGCCUCACACAUGGUGACCCACACGGGCGAGAAGAACCUGAAGUGUGAUUUCUGUGACAAGAUGUUUAUGAGGAGGCAGGACCUUAAACAGCACAUGCUCACUCAUACCCGGGAACGGCAGAUAAAGUGCCCAAAAUGUGACAAGCACUUCAGCAGGACCAACCACCUGAAAAAACACCUGAAUUCCCAUGAAGGGAAAAGGGACUACGUAUGCGAGAAAUGUUCCAAGGCCUUCCUGACCAAAUAUCACUUGACACGACACCUCAAGAUCUGCAAGGGCCCAACUACAGCACUGCUCACCGAUGCGGACGAGGAAGACGAGGACUCUGAGGAAGAGGAUUUACUAAGCUCAGACUGCAAUGUAUUUAAUACCGAUGGGAAUCUAUCUCAUACGUGACAUGAGUGGUGUGGACGCUAUUUAUUUUAUUUAUUGCACGCGCCCAUCUUGUCAGACUGAGUUCUCGGUUGGAAGAAAAACAUUUUUUUUUUUUUUAAAUGCUGCCUCCAGGAUGUAUAGAAGGGGCUUACAUGUUAAUUUGUGUACAUAA